UGAGUGAGGCUGGCCUGUGACCCCACCCACUUUUGUCUCACUUGUAGGUCCUCCACUUUUGCCUUGGUGCCUAUCUUCGCCCAGCUGAGCAACUGCCAGAGCCUCUUCCCAGCUGUUGGUGCAGCCUCCUUCGUUGUCAUCCGUGCCCAGCACCUGUGCUGCAGCUAUGUCACUCCUGGCGACUCUGGGACUGGAGCUGGACAGGGCCCUGCUCCCAGCUAGCGGGCUGGGCUGGCUCGUAGACUAUGGGAAACUCCCCCUGGCCCCUGCCCCCCUGGGCCCCUAUGAGGUCCUUGGGGGGGCCCUGGAGGGCGGGCUUCCAGGGGGGGGAGAGCCCCUGACAGGUGAUGGCUUCUCUGACUGGAUGACUGAGCGGGUGGACUUUACAGCCCUCCUCCCCUUGGAGCCCCCCUUACCCUCAGGUGCCCUCCCUCCCCGCUCCCCCUCCCCGCCUGACCUGGAAGCUAUGGCCUCCCUCCUCAAGAAGGAGCUGGAGCAGAUGGAAGACUUCUUCCUUGAUGCCCCACUCCUCCCACCGUCCUCCCCUCCGCCGCAGCUGUCCCCUGCCCUCGAUACCCUCGACUUGCUGGUCAUGUACUGCCGCAGUGAGGCCGGGCAGGGGGACUCGGGGUUGGCUUCCCUUCCCCCAGCACAGCAGCCCCCUCUUCCACCUCAGCCCUCUCGCCCGGCCCCCUACCCCAAUCCUGCCACCACCCGAGGGGACCGCAAGCAAAAGAAGAGAGACCAGAACAAGUCAGCGGCUCUGAGGUACCGCCAGAGGAAGCGGGCAGAGGGGGAGGCCCUGGAGGGUGAGUGCCAAGGGCUGGAGGCACGGAACCGGGAGCUGAGGGAGAGGGCCGAGUCUGUGGAGCGGGAGAUCCAGUAUGUCAAGGACCUGCUCAUCGAGGUGUACAAGGCUCGAAGCCAGAGGACCCACAGCAGCUAGGUGGGCAGGGCUUGGGCUGGGGGCACUGGUCUUCAGCUCUGGCUCACCUGUUUCUGGGGCGGAGGUGGGAGGAUCCCUCCAGGAUCCCUCCAUCAUCCCUCUGUCUCCAGCUUCUUUCCACCACCACCUUCUUGCUCCUUUUUUUGGGUUAAUCUUCACCUGGGAAUAUUUUUUCCAUUGAUUUU